GCACAUAGAACACAUGAGCAGAAUGUAUGCAUGCAUAUGAAUUCACCCCCAUUUGAGAUCCUGUGCUCGGAUUCUACCUUCUUCGCCAAUUUUCCGGUCUCCGAUUCUCCGAGGAUUCCCUGCCGUUGAUCGGAUAGUAUUCUUUUCUUUGUUCCUGUCAUGGAUAAAAGCAAUGAUUGUUGUUCAACUCACCUCAUAGACGGGGAUGGUAAUUUCAAUGCUGUUGGAAUUGAUAAGUUCAUGAAAGAAGUUAAACUUGCAGAAUGUGGGCUUUCUUAUGCCGUAGUAGCCAUAAUGGGCCCUCAGAGUAGCGGGAAGAGUACAUUGUUGAAUAACCUGUUUGGUACAAACUUUAGAGAAAUGGAUGCUUUUAAGGGAAGGUCGCAAACCACAAAAGGCAUAUGGAUGGCACACUGUGUUGGCAUCGAACCUUGCACUCUGGUAAUGGAUUUAGAGGGUACUGAUGGAAGAGAACGAGGAGAGGAUGACACUGCAUUUGAAAAGCAGAGCGCUCUUUUUGCCCUUGCUGUAUCAGAUAUAGUGCUGAUAAAUAUGUGGUGUCAUGACAUUGGCCGUGAACAAGCCGCAAAUAAACCUCUCUUGAAAACUGUGUUUCAGGUUAUGAUGAGAUUGUUUAGUCCACGUAAGACAACUUUGAUGUUUGUUAUUCGUGAUAAAACGAGGACGCCUUUGGAAAACUUGGAACCUGUUUUAAGGGAAGACAUUCAGAAGAUAUGGGAUUCUGUUCCUAAACCAGAAGCUCACAGAGAAACUCCAUUAAGUGAAUUUUUCAAUGUUCAAGUUGUAGCUCUCUCUAGUUUUGAAGAGAAGGAAGAACAAUUUAGAGAGCAGGUGGCAGGCUUAAGACAGCGAUUUUUUCAUUCUAUUGCACCUGGUGGUCUUGCUGGGGAUAGACGUGGUGUAGUUCCUGCUUCAGGCUUUUCAUUCAGUGCAGAACAGAUAUGGAAGGUUAUUAAGGAGAACAAGGACCUUGACCUGCCAGCUCACAAGGUAAUGGUUGCCACUGUUCGUUGUGAAGAGAUUGCUAAUGAAAAGUUCUCUUCUUUCAUUGGAAAUGAGGAAUGGCGUGAACUAGAAGAGACGGUAGAAACUAAACCGGUGCCAGGAUUUGGGAAGAAGCUCUCCUCGAUUCUUGAUGUUUGUCUUUCUGAGUAUGAUGCAGAGGCGACGUAUUUUGAUGAAGGUGUGAGAUCUUCAAAGCGGAAACAGUUAGAAGAGAAACUUUUGCAACUCGUCCAACCAGCAUACCAAUUCAUGUUGGGACACAUACGCUCUGGAACCUUGGAUAAAUUCAAAGAAGCAUUUGAUAGAGCCUUGAAUGAGGGAAAAGGAUUUGCUGCGGCUGCACGUGAUUGUACAGAGUAUUUUAUGUCACAGUUUGAUGAAGCAUCAGCAGGUGCUGAUAUUGACCAAGCAAAUUGGGACUCUUCUAAAGUUAGAGACAAACUCCGACGGGAUAUAGAUGCACACAUAACUGCAGUUCGGGCGGCUAAGCUGUCCGAACUUACAGCAACGUAUGAGAAAAUGUUAAAUGAGGCAUUGUGUGGGCCUGUAGAGGCUUUGUUUGAUGGAGCAAGCAAUGAUACAUGGCCUGCAAUUAAGAAGCUUCUCCGGCAAGAAACUGAAAAAGCUGUUACUGGAUUUUCUAGUGCACUUUCUGGUUUUGAAAUGGAUGAGGUAGCAAAGAAUAACAUGCUCUCAAGGGUGGAAGAUCAUGCAAAAGGAAUAGUUGAAGCAAAGGCAAAAGAAGAAGCUGGGAGGGUUUUGAUGCGUAUGAAAGACAGAUUUUCAACAUUAUUUAGCCAUGAUUCUGACUCAAUGCCACGGGUCUGGACUGGCAAGGAAGAUAUUCGAGCAAUCACUAAAACUGCUCGCUCUGCUUCUCUGAAGCUACUAUCCGUUAUGGCUGCUAUCCGUCUGGACGAUCAUGCUGAUAACAUUGAGAGUACCUUGUCCCUUGCUCUUCUGGAUCCCAAAGCUGCAGCUUCUACCAAUAGGAGUAUUUCAGUGGAUCCUCUUGCCUCCAGUAGUUGGAAUGAGGUUCCAUCAUCAAAAACCUUGUUGACACCCGUCCAGUGUAAAUCUUUGUGGAGGCAGUUCAAAAUUGAGACUGAGUAUACUGUUACCCAAGCCAUAUCUGCUCAGGAGGCUAGCAAGCGAAGCAACAACUGGUUACCUCCUCCAUGGGCAAUUGUCGCAUUAAUUAUCUUGGGUUUUAAUGAAUUUAUGACCCUUUUGCGAAAUCCUUUGUAUCUUGGUUUCAUAUUUGUUGGUUAUCUGCUCGUAAAAGCCCUCUGGGUGCAAUUAGACAUCUCCGGGGAAUUCCGCAAUGGAGCUCUACCUGGACUUCUCUCAAUAUCCACCAAAUUUCUCCCUACCAUCAUGAGCCUUCUAAGAAAAUUGGCUGAGGAGGGCCAAAGCCAUGCUAAUGCUGAUCCUCAGCAUAACCAUCCACUCCCAGCAAGAAGCUCACAAAGUGGUACAAAUGACUAUGAUUCGUCAAGUGCUUCAUCUGAGGUAACUUCAUCUGAAAAUGGAAAUGAAUACGCUAGCUCCCAUUACAAAGCACAGUGAGCUGCGACUUACUCUUGUUUGAGGAUUCCAUCUUUAUAAUUAUUUUGAAGCAUAAUGCGGCACUCCCCAAUGGUUUCUCGGGUUAUUUACUGUCUGGGUUCAAGCAAUGAACAACUUUUUUUUGUAGACAUUGAUUUGGGUAUAGGUGUCUUAUACAGGGGUUCGAUUUGUUUUGAAAUUGCCCCGCUAAUGAUUUUAUUUUGUCACUGGUGGUAAUCUACAAGGCUCUUACCAUCUCACGCUGAUUGUGAUUGUCCGGCUCUUGGUUCAAUUUUGUGCCAUUAGACAUUCAAUUUUAGUAUGUAUUAGCACCCAUUAUGUAGUCAAAUGAGAAAUAUGAUUAUUCUGAUUGGCUUCAGACGUGGAACUGAUGCUGGUCUUUUAAGACCCCUUGCCAUGA